GCCGGAUCGGCCUGCCCCUCCAUUCCAAGUUCAUUGGAGGCCGGGGGGGGUACGAAAAAUGCGGACCCACCUGUGAAUCGUUGGGGUGGCAAGCUGCUCAAAAUCUGAGUUUCAACCUAAGAAAAAAGGACAAAAAGUUCAGCAUUAAAAAAAAAAAAAAAAAAAAAAAAAAAAAAAAAAAAAAAACUGUCGUUCAGGCAGGGGAUAUGAGCGUAGACAAUUUACAAGAUUCGCCUUUGCUGGCCUGUUCUUUUCGUCGGGACACAGAGGAAGAAGACCUCCACUGCAAGAAUGAUGACAGAGAGAGGCACGGUGGAAGCAACAACCCCCCACCUCUGCAUCUGGGUGGGGAGAGGGGAGGAGGUGGCUGUCGACGGCAGAGGGAGGAAGCCCCCCCCCCCCACCAACUGGAGGAACCUAACCCGCACAAUGGGGGGGAGGCAUCAAAUCCCCGCCCCGGCCAGCUGAAAGAUACUACCCCCCGCAGUAGGGGGGAGGCAUCGAAUUGGGGUUCGCAUAAAAAGAAGCGGUGCCAAAGGAGUGCAGCAAAGGCAGCAUUGUCAAACAUCAAGGCCAGCAUCCAACAACAGCAGGAGGACACAAUACGGAUGAUGGAUGCUUUGCGGAGGGGGGGAGAAGCCCCUCCCACAUAUGAGUGGAAGAAGGAGAUGGGGAAGACGGAGAUGGUGGAGAAGGGGAUGGGGAAGAUGGAGAUGGCGGAGAAGGGGAUGGGGAAGACGGAGAUGGCGGAGAAGGAGAUGAGGAAGAAGGAGAUGGUGAAGAAGGAGAUGAGGAAGAAGGAGAUGAGGAAGAAGGAGAUGGUGAAGAAGGAGAUGGGGAAGAAGGAGACGGGGAAACUUCAUCAACUGGAGAGAAGAGGAAGAAAUGAAAACACUGAAGUGCUGGCUGAUGCAAUCCGUAAGGCAGGAGAGGAUCUUGCAGCAUCCAUGGCUGCCAUAGCUGCUACCUUGGGUUCCAUGAAAUGAGUGGGAGAAGUCGAAGGAGCAAGGGGGAAGGGGGAGCAUAAAGCAUCAUGUGGAUGGACAGCUGUCCGACAACUGUUUUUUUUUUUCGUGCAAUCAUUUAUCUUUUUGUUUUACUAAGUUCACCUAUACUUUUUUUUUUUUUUUUUUUUUUAGACAAUAAAAUGAAAUUGAUCAGUGGGACUCUGGGCCGGGACCUACAUACUUUCAAGUUUCGAUAAAAUGAAAUUGAUCAG